UGAUUCGCACGACUUUGGAUGUGUUGGAGCCGAUGUACGAGUUAUUAAGGAAGAUGGACCGCAACGACACAGCCCCCCCGACCCUUUGGCACUUCGACGAAGGGUUGGGCAAGCGUCUGAAGACACUUACGCGUUUGACCGAUGACCAGCGGCAGGGGAUCAUGAGGGCAGUUGACCAGCGCACGAAGAUGAUGAGGCAGCAUGUUUAUGCAGCAAACGUUCUCCUUGUCCCAAGGAGGAGAGACAACAAGUGGUUGAUGGAUUUGCACUCCCCGCUGGUCCCAAACAACCCGAAGUUCUUCUUAUCACAGUGCAAAGAGGAGGCUACUUGGGGAUGCAAGGAGCAACUAGAUCUAUGGGCGGACUUGCAAGCUUUCCACAAGGAGCCAACAAAAGACAUAUUGGUGAAGGAUUCAAUUACAGGGAAGGUGGUAGAGGAGAGUUUGUGGAUCGACUUUGCGAAGUUCGACAGCUCCGUUGCUCAAAUGACAACCUCCGAAUGGUGGAACCUCCAUGGGGUCUCUCAUAAGAAGUUGCGAGACAUUGCCGUAAGGGUGACGACGAUGUGGAGCACUGCGAACCCUUGUGAGAGGAACGGGUCCUCUCUCGAUCUUGUCCACGACAAGAGAAGGGCUCUGCUGUUGCCUGAUAGCCUCACUAAGUUAGUGCACAUCCACUGGAAUCUUCAGUUGCUGGACAUCACGAAGAAGAAGAGCACGGGAAGCUUGGCAGGGUACUUGGACAUGUGGGUUGCAUUCUUCAACGAUGUGGAGGCACCAACGCCGAAUGAUUCUGCGGUGUUGCCCAAGGCUGCUACUCCAACACACUUGAGGUGGGUUUGCUAUGAAGAGGUGAUAGUGAAGAGCCGCGAUGGGUAUGAUUUGCCAGCACCAUCAGCGUUGAAAGCAAAGAUGGGUGUGGAGGACGAGGAAAAGGAUAUUGAGGAGAGCGAGAAAGAUGACGAGAACUUUACGUUGCGGUUCCCAAGAGCGAGCGACAUGUCCAACAACGACAACGAUCUGGCCCGGGAUGACUACCUCAUGCAUAACGUGGAGCGGGAUGACCUUGAUAGUGGUUUGGAGUUUGUGCGGCCUCGCGGGAUGGACUUCAACGCAUGCGUCAAAGUGGACAAGGACUUCGAUGACAAUGCUAAGAGGGCGAGGGCGCAAUCCCUUGCUUAUCGUGAUCGCGCCCUCAAUGACGGACUGCAGUGGCAGCAGGAGCAGCAGCAACAACAACAAGGACUAGAGCAGCAACAACAACAACAAGAGGGACUGCAUCCGCAACAGCAACAAUACGAGGAUGGAGUGCAGCAGCAGCAACAGCAAGAAAAGAAUGGACCAGCGCAGCAUCAGCAGCAAGAGAACAAUGGUCCGCAGAAGCAACGAGAGCACAAUCCGCUGCAGCAAAAGGAAAAAGAAAACGGGAGUGCAACAGGAGUUCGUCGAGUGUACAUUAGGCGCCCACCAGUGCCCGGUGCAGCAGCCGUCCCGGGUGUGGACGUGAGCCUGGUAGGAAGGAAGAAGAAGGUGCAGCCUGAGACCGGUCUAAAAGUGGCAAGGAAAAGGGGACGCCCGCGGAAGUACCCACUGCAGCCAGCUGCAUCAACAUGCGCUCCAACCGGCGAGGAUGGUGGUGAAGGGGGUGAGGUGGAAGAACAUGUCGCUCGGGUGAGGAAGGUGCAAGGAGGCCCUGCACUCACAGUGGACUGUGGAGACACACCUGUCGAACCGACCGAAAAGGAAGGCGGCGAGGAAGGCGAGGGUCGUGGAAGAUGACCCGAUGCUCCGGCGAUGGAUGUGGAAGAAAGCAGUAACGAGAGUGAUGAAGAUGGUCAAGAAACCGGCUGGGAAUAAGGCUCAGCGGGACAGGAAGUUGGAAGGCCCUACGCUCGCACCGGUCUGAGGGCUGAUGAUGUUCAAUGGUCAUAGUGGAAGUGUCGGAAGUGGUGAUUUUUCGCACAGUUAAUCCCUUGGGUUUUCCAAGGCAAUCAAUGUUGUGCCUCUUC